AUGUCCGCACGUCUUGCCCGACGGCCAGUCCUCCAGUGCCUGCGCGCCCCGACACGCUCGCGCCCCGCCUCGCACCAAUCCCGCAAUGACACGGACGCCAUCCUCCGACAGGCACACGGUCGGCCUCUGCCCGGGCGAGGGCUGCGACCCGAGCUCGACACCGUCUCGACACACCGCGCGAAUGCCCUGGAAAUCGCCCGUCUCAAGAAGCGGCGCAACUGGCUCGCCCUCGGCGCAGCCCUCUCCAUGAUCGCCCCCAUCUUCCUGGUGCGGCUGUGGGACAUGCCGGACCUCGAGCCCGACGCCCACGACGCCGCCGCCGCCCACGACACCGACAAGAGCAGAGGCAUCAUCGACAUGGUGCUCGGCCCGCCCACCAAGACGGACAGCCCGCGCAAAGCCGCCGACGAGUUCCAGGGCAAAAAGGUCGUCGUCGCAGCCGGCGACAAGCUCAUCGCCGCCCCGCCCGACGCCGAGAACCCCCAGGCCACCGACGCCGACGCCAUCGAGCUCGUCGAGACGGGCACCUCGUACGUCCCCUACUUCCCGCGCACCAUCACGCUGCCGCACGUCUCCCCGGACGGCCGCGCCAGCGAGGCGGCCUACCAGCUGCUCGGCCUCGGCAUCCGCAAGGUCUCCUUCCUGCGCGUGCAGGUCUACGUCGUGGGCCUGUACGUCAAGACGGCCGACCUGUCGGCGCUGCAGAACCACCUGAUCAACACGGUCAACCCCUCGGCCUCGGCCCUCAUCCCCGGCGAGAAGGAGGCCCUGCGCGCCGCCCUCGUGCACCCCGAGCGCAGCACCCUCAUCUGGGACGCCAUCCUGGCCCGCGACGGCCCGGGCGCAGUCGACAUGGCGCUCCGCGUCGUCCCGUGCCGCGGCACCGACUUCAAGCACCUCCAGGACGGGUGGAUGCGGGGCAUCGCCUCGCGCACCGACGAGGUCGCGCAGCGGCACGCGCAGAUGCGGCGCCAGCAGGCCGCGGAGAGCGGAGCCGUCGCGCUCCCCGCGCCCGUCGCCGAGUCCGAGUUUGCCGACGAGAGCUUCGGGCGCGCGAUGAAGGACUUCAAGGCCGUGUUUGCCGCAAAGGGAAAGGCGCCCAAGGGCUCCGUUAUCCUCCUCACGCGCGACAAAUCCGGCACCCUGCGCGCUCUGUACCAGCCUGUGCUGCAGACCGGGGGUGGGGAGAAGAUGGGCGCCCCUGCGCUCCUGGGCGAGGUCGCGGAUCCGCGUGUCGGUCGCUUGGUGUGGCUUCUGUAUCUCGGCGGGCAGAAUGUGAGUUCCGAGGAUGCGCGCAGGAGUAUUGUCGACGGUUGUAUUGCCAUCACCGAGCGGCCUGUUGGCACUGUGGAGAACAUGGUGCUGUGA